CUGUUCUAAACAUACUAACACACGCUCCAACUCUCCUCGCUACACAAGCUCGAGCUUCGUCUCCGUAAAGCAGUCAGUCUCAGCAUUGAUAAAGCGCAAUAAUCCGGCAGCAUGUCCAAAGGCACGGUGGUUCUGGCGUACAGCGGCGGACUGGACACUUCCUGCAUUCUCGUCUGGCUCAAGGAGGAAGGAUACGACGUCAUCACAUACUUGGUGAGAGGACAGGCUGAUAUCGGACAGGAGGAGGACUUUGUGGCUGCACGCAAGAAGGCCGAGUCCCUCGGAGCCACGAAGGUGUUCAUAGAGGACCUGCGGGAAGAGUUUGUGGAGGAGUUCAUCUGGCCAUCAGUCCAGGCCAGUGCCAUCUACGAGGACCGCUACCUGCUGGGCACCUCCAUAGCACGGCCCUGCAUUGCCCGCCGCCAGGUGCAGAUUGCCCGCCGUGAGGGCGCCCAGUACGUCUCCCACGGGGCUACGGGAAAGGGUAACGACCAGAUCCGGUUUGAACUCACCUGCUAUGCCCUGUACCCCGAGGUCAAGAUCAUUGCUCCUUGGAGGAUUCCUGAGUUCUAUAAUCGUUUCCGUGGGAGAAAGGAUUUGAUGGAGUACGCUGAGAAACAUGGCAUCCCCGUGCCUGUUACUCCCAAGGCGCCCUGGAGCAUGGACGCCAACCUCAUGCACAUCAGCUACGAGUCUGGAAUACUAGAAAAUCCCAAGAGCCACGCCCCGUCUGACCUGUACCUGAUGACCAAGAAUCCCGAGGACGCUCCCAACAGCCCCGACCUGCUGGAGAUACACUUCAAAAGAGGAGUGCCCACCCAGGUGACGCACCUGAAGGAUGGCACUUCCAAGAACACUCCGCUGGAGAUCUUCUCCUACCUCAACCAGAUCGGAGGGAAGCAUGGCGUGGGGAGGAUCGACAUCGUUGAGAACCGCUUCAUCGGCAUGAAGUCCAGAGGUAUCUAUGAGACACCUGGGGGCACCAUCCUGUACCAGGCUCACCUGGAUGUGGAGGCCUUCACCAUGGACCGCGAGGUGCGGAGGAUCAAGCAGAGCCUGGGCAUCAAGUUCUCAGAGAUGCUCUACAACGGGUUCUGGUUCAGUCCGGAGUGUGAGUUUGUGCGCUACUGCAUAGAGAAGUCCCAGGAGAGUGUGGAGGGCAGGGUGCAGCUGUCUGUGUUCAAGGGCCAGGUCUAUAUUCUGGGACGCCAGUCUCCCAAGUCCCUGUACAAUGAGGAGCUGGUCAGCAUGGAUGUUCAGGGGGACUAUGACCCAUGUGACGCUUCUGGCUUCAUCAAGAUCAAUGCCGUCAGGCUGAGGGAGCACCAUCGUCUGCAGGGUGCUGCAGACUCCAAACCCCAAGACUGAUCACCAGCCCUGGACACUCCUCUCUCUCUCUCUCUCUCUCUCUCUCUCUCUCUCUCUCUCUCUCUCUCUUUUUCUCUCUCUCUCUCUCUCUCUCUACCCUACUCUCUUUCUUUCUAUCCCUCUACAUAUUCCUUUCUACCUGUCCAUCUCACCUCUCUAUUCUUCCCUCUCUGUGCCCGUGUGUCCAGCUGGAGUUAGUGCCUGCUGGUCUCUGUGUAACUCUUGCCUUAAGGUUAAUACUCUAAGUAGCAUGUGUUUUAGGUCAGUAUAUUCAAAGAGAUGUCUGUUACAAUAAAGAAAAGGUGUUGGAA